CCAGUUGAAGUGACUGCAUUUCCCACCAGGCAUCGCGGGUUUCUACGUCAUAAAUCUGCGCAUAGCUGAGGUGGCGUUGAGAAGGGAGUUUACCGGCUGCUUACCUGACACCCAGCUGUCAUCAUGACGAAGCUUAUGGAGUGGCUGUUCGGACUGUCGGUGCUGGGCGCAGUGUGGGCGUCGGUGACUUUCGACCUGUUCGACCUGAAGCUGCCGAAGACCUACAGAGAAGUGGCGUGGCCGAUGCCACUGUACCUGCUGGUUUCCUUCGGCUGUUACUCCCUGGCCACGGUGGGAUACCGGGUGGCCACGUUCAAUGACUGCGAGGAGGCGGCGAAGGAGCUGCAGCAGCAGAUAAAAGAAGCCAAAGCGGACCUGAGGAAAAAGGGCUUAAAAAUAUAAAACGAUGUGACGCAAUGGCCACAGUCACACCAGCGUCUGCGCUCUCAUGGCGGAUUUGUGUCUUACUGGGAAUUAGUGAAUAUGAUAAGAGCACAGAACUUUUUGAACUCAUGUCCAGUGGGCAUCGCCUCAUCAUCAACCCUAACAUAUUACAACAGUGUUUUUGUUCCUACAGCUUGUCCACGCAGAUCUGAUUCAGGUCCAGUGGGUGUUUUUCUGGGUCACUCUUGUCCAACUAAUGAAUUUGAGUUGAGCAUUAAAAAAUAUUUCAGUUCAGUGUGGACUGGAACAUUUGGGACUAGUUAAAAGAAUGUGACACAAACAUGCUCUUUCUUUGGAAAGUGAAUUGUCAAUCAGCUGUUCAUUACUCAAACGCUAAUACACGACUCCAGGAGACUGCUUCAACUGGGAAUUCUGGGAUGCUUCCAAUCUGCGUCAGCGCCAGACUAAUAACACAGUGUGGACUUAUGUGUGUUGUAUAUAUGUGUAGAUUGUUGCUUGACAGAUUUUAUCUGUAAAGAAGUGCACAUUCCAUUGUCCAAUUUCAGAUGUGUGCCCUGCAGCUAUUGCUGAGGCUUAAUUAAAAUGGAGUCUAUUUUCUUCAGGUU